CGAAGCUUCUUCGGAAAUUUGGGCCCUAAAGUUUGCCGCUGUCCGAUUGGGGAAAGAAUUCAGUUAAGAUCUCAUAUGCAAAGAUCCGAGGGAUAUGAAUCCGGCCAGAAAGAAAAAGAACUUAUGGCGCUGCAUUGGAGAUUCCGAAGUCAUGACCAAAAAUGCUGCAACGUAACCAAGAUAACCACCACCUCGUACAGUUCGGGGAUAUUUUCAUUCCAUUCUUUUGACUCCCCACCUUUCUUGGUUGCUGUCCAGCAUCCCCCGACUGGAUGCUCACACGUCGUCGUCUUGCGACUACGGAAUUUGGCAAGACGCCGAAAAAUCUACAGAAAGAGAUAUGGAGAUAAAGCAGAUGGACGAGCCGGACAACUAAGAAGAACUCGAUGACCUGGAGCUUACGUACUUGGAAGUAAACAGCAAAUCUCUCCGCUGAGUCAGACGUAGAAUUCGAACGUUCUAGAGUCCCUGCUGGACUAAUAGGCCGACGGAGUCACCUCCUUUUGAUUAGAUCCGAUGAGAUCGACGACCGCCGAUCCGAUCUACCCAUACUCGUCCGUCGGAGCGGACGGAGAUUCCCGCGUCACAGCGUUCAGCCUCUUUGGACUCACCAGGUUGAUGAAUGCGAGUAGGACAGGCUCCCCACACAGGCUCACGUAGUACAGAUGCUAAAGCAUGGUUGAAAUCAAGCCCCUGGUGUACGUGGACUUAACAGCCAUGGAAGGAGCGGACUGUUUGCGGUGACGACAAGAAGCCGAGGCACUGCAUGCCACCCACCAGGACUGUGGGCUCCGACAUGCUGACAUUGCCGAGUCACGGUGACUCAUGGCCUGAUCCGCAGGACCGCGUUAUCCAGUGCGAUGUGGACUGUGUGCAUGACCUCUUUCCGGGCCGUGAACUUCCGGGGCAAGCUGCAUGCCCCUGGAGACGGACGGACGGCCUCACCGGUCUUCGUUUUAAGUCCUCGUGCGGUCCGCAGUUUACGUAUUUCUGUAACGCUUGGGGAAGUGUAGCGAAGGUUGCAUCGAGAGGAUCAGAGCUCGCGUAACGGCCAUCGCUCGAGUACACGUUGUGGACGCGCCUCCUGUUCGACGCUGAAGUUGUUUCAGUUCUGCCCUGAGCUCGCGAAGUCUGUUUUAUGGCCGUAGCGCUCUCUGCCACCACCCCAGCCUCAGGGGUGUCGCAGCUGUCGUCCACAUUUCUGCCCAGAACGCAGCGUCUGCGGGUUUCUUGCAAGCCCGCCUCUUUUAAAUUGAACGUAGCUAGGAGUGCACGAUGUGAAGUGGCCACUGAAGAGAUCCAGGAAGAUGGAGUUCUAAGCGUUCCGAGCUUGUAUGGGCUUCUGGGUAUCGAUCAAGAUGUCGAUUUGAAUGACAUCAAAACUGCUUACAGGCAGAUGGCUCGCCUCUACCAUCCGGAUGUCUGCCCAGUUUCAAAGAGAGAGGAGUGCACCAAAAUGUUCCUUCAGGUUCAGGACGCGUACGAAAUUCUGUCUGAUCCGGAACGGAGGGCGGAAUACGAUUACCAUCUUAUGCAUCCGCUGAGUGCCAACGCUUAUGGUUUGGGUAACUUCAUGAAGAGAAACAGGGGCCCAAGAUCCAGAGAAGGCGUUUCGGAAGCGUGGAAGAUGCAGUGGCAAGCUCAGCUUUCGAGAUUGGACAUGAAGGCUCGGAUGGAACAGGCCCAGGCGAAGACAUCGUGGGGUGCCCAGAUGCGAAGUCGCACAGCACAAAACUAGUUCGAUUCUGAGCCUGGCUUGUAGUUCACCGUAAGUGUCAUUCCUAAUUGCAGGGGGAAUUCAUCACGAUUUUGACCAAGUCUUAACCUGACAUGGACGAAGGUUCAUUAGGAAAGGUUGGCAUUCACUGAGUUCCUGCCGUUCAACCUCAUAAUGUCAUUGUAUAGGAAAUUAGUUAAACGAGAUUGCUCAUUUGCUUCAUCCAGGUAGGUUUUCAUCGCGAAAUCUACUGUACAUAACACAGAGAAGUGGCAUGUCGUUUGCCACCGUGGAGAAAACUCAUUUGUAAAUCAUUCGAACGGAUGAAGCUCGAAUGGUCAUUCUUUCAGGGGAGACAUGGCAAGUUACUGGAUCGAGAACCUGUACAUUAAAAUUCUUUUGAGCCAUUAAAACAGUCUCUUCUUCGAUCACAUCAUUGUGCACACAUGAUUGUGCGUAAAUACUUGAGACAUGCAGUCUCAUGUGGGUGAAUGUAUCUCUUGCAUGGACAAUUACAUUUUGUGUCUAUUCCUUGCAGUUUAAGUACAUGCAUGUACUAUCUGAACUUCCAUUCCUCUUAUGAGGACUUCAAAUUCUGAUACGAUUUCCUAAUCUUUCGAACAGAUCCAGUGAGCCGUGCAGUCGUCUCUAUUCGUGGACCUGAUCGAUCAGAAUUACCUCAGUACGUCAAACUCGCUGACAAGAUGAGUAGUGAUCUCAGAAUUUUGUCUUAUCAACAGAUGCGUGCUUAUCUCUUCGUGAAUCCAAACAGGACGUGACACUGAUGAGUAAAGAUAGCACUUGAAUAGGAAAAACUCCUCCGUACAUUGAUUGUACUUGUUAAGGGGGAUGAACCUUGCUCAAUCAUGAUAUUGUGCGUACUUGGUCAACCUUUUUUCUUUCGGAUACAUACGCAGUGUCCAAAACCAAUACCCGAUAAGUAUAUAUUUCGCGAAUAAUAGUGACUUAAGCAAAUAUUACAACAUAACCAUGAACAUCUGUGACAAUCAACGUGAAAUUGAGUACAAGCACACCUCCAGGUUACAAGGGUUUUCAAACGCCAGUUUGGCGGUUGAAAACAUUGGUAAUCAAAUUUGGUAUCCACUUCAAUUCGAGACCUGUCACCAAGAAGAAAAUAUAAUGACCGGCUUUUUGUUUACCUGAACAGUGGUGAGAAGGAAUUUGAUGACUGCAUGACCUACCACUGAACUAGAAAGGAAAGUUCUUUCCGAAAGUCCACACUCAGAAAGCUAACUAACUCUUAUUUGAGUGUUUUUAGCACCCCAUAAGCCUUCCGACCUUAAGCAAAUCAUUUCUUCCGCC